UGUCCAUAAGAUGAACAUAAAGGAACUUUUCCCUCUUUUCCAGACAUGGCCACUGCCAGCAGUCUGCUGCCACAGGACAAGUUUGUGUGUUCCAUCUGUCUGGAGGUGUUUACUGACCCCGUCUCCACACCGUGUGGACACAACUUCUGCUUUACGUGUAUUUUCAAGUACUGGGACAACAGCGAGCUUUGCCAGUGUCCAGUGUGCCGACACCAGUUUCCCACAAGACCUGAAUUAAAAGUUAAUACCGUGAUGUCUGAGUUAGCCAGCGAAUACAAGGAGUCACUCCAGCUGAAAACCUCAACUCCAGACCAACGUCUUCCUGAAACAGCAGAUGUACUAUGUGACAUCUGCACUGAGACGAAGAUCAGUGCCCUUAAAUCCUGUCUGAUGUGUCUCAGUUCGUUCUGUGAGGUUCAUCUUGAGCCUCAUCUCAGAGUUGCAGGACUCAGGAGCCACACGUUGAUCGAGCCAGUGCUGAGUUUUGAUGAUAAACUGUGCACAAAACACAACAAGAUCACAGAAUUAUACUGCCGGACUGACCAGCUCUGUAUUUGUAUGUUGUGCCAAACAUCUGAACACCAGAGUCACGACGUUGUACCGCUUGAGGAAGAAUAUGAAGCAGUGAUGGCGAAGAAAGACGACGCACUGGCAAGUAUCCAAGAGAUGAUACAGACGCGGUCUGAGAAGAUAACAGAGAUUGAAACAUCGGUUUCUGUCACAGAAGCCGACAAAGAGAAAGAAGCCGCUGUGCAAGUCUUCACCGACCUGAUCCGGUCCGUUCAGAGAAACCAGGCCGAGGUGAUUGAGGUGAUCGAGGAGAGACACAAGGCGACAAAGCAGAAGGGGGAGGACUUCAUCAGAGAACUCAGGCAGGAAAUCACUGAGCUCCAACGAAGACGUGCCGAGCUGGAGAAACGGUUUCAGUCUGCAGACCAACACAGUUUCAUCCAGAACUUCUCCACCUUGUCGUCUCCUCUGAACAGUAACGUGGCGAGCAUUGUUGUUGACAGCAGUCUGUCUGUUCAGGCGGUGAGAGAAGCUCUGUGUGAGUUACAGCGGUCAGUUGAUGAAAAAGUGGAAGAGAUUUCUGAGAUCACACUGAAAAAAAUGAGAAAACAUGCAGUGGAUGUGACCUUUGACCCCGACACGGCUCAUCCACGUGUCAUCAUAAGCCAGGAUGGAAAAUGGGUCACCGGGGUAUCUAAAAAACAGUAUCUACCCAACAAUCCAAAGAGAUUUGAAAUUGACCGUGAAGUGUUGGCAAAGGAGGGGUUCACAACAGGGAAGUUUUACUAUGAGGUGAAAGUAACUGAGGAGUCUGGUUGGGUUGUUGGAGUGACCAGAGAGUCUGUAGACAGAAAGAAGAAAACAUACUUUAAUGAUGGAUUUUGGUGCAUUGGUUUGUUUGAUACAUACAGGGCUUAUGAUAAAACAAGAACUAAACUAACAUUAAAGAAGAUUCAAAACGUGGGCAUCUUUGUGGACUAUCAGGAGGGAAAAGUUAGUUUCUGGGAUGUUGAUUCCAAAUCUCACAUUUACACUUUCAGCGGCCAAAACUUCACUGAGAAGAUUUAUCCAUAUUUCUACAACGGGACAGAAAAUAAAACCUUGUCCAUAACUCCUGUACACCCCUGAAACUGAAUUACACUGAUCCUCCUGUAAACAACACUGAAAAAAAAAAUGUCUUGAACUUCUCAUCGUAACCUCUGAAUGUCAUCGUGUUAAAUCAACUCUCUUGGUGUUAAAUCAUCUCUCUCAUAGUGUAACCCAACCUUGUUUGAAAUGUGACUGAACACGUAGA